AUGGCGUGGGGGAGCGUGAUUAAUGUCACUGCGUGUCCCCGGGCUCCGCCGUCCCCUCUCAGUAAACGGCGUCCUGAUGGACCGCUCGACCCGACUGAACCGCCCCUCCAUGUCUUCAUCCUCAGACCGUUUCCUGUUCCUCCAAACCGUCACUUCCUCCGAGCGACAGAGCGACCCGAUUCGCCGUCCUGCUCGCCGUGGUAACAUGGAGGAGGUGGAGGCGGCGUUUCUGUUACCAUGUCGGAAAAAAAAGAAAAUCGGAGGCGGAAACAAGAUGGCUGCCUCUACGACAGUUACUUUAGCGCCUCCCUUGUCCUGAGGUUGGCGCUAAAAUAACUUUCGUAGAUCUUGUUUUCGCUUUUUUCCGACUCGGUCACUGAAACGCCGGAAACACGGGUUUGACGCCGUUUUCAGCUCCGACAUCGGAUUUCUGAGGAAACUCGAACGCAGCGUAACCCGACAGACGAUGACGUUUCACAGCCAUGAGGAACAACCAAUCGGAGCCCAGCACUUCUAGCCAAUCAGAGGCUCCGCUGAUAAAUGUCAACUAUUCGUAACUGUCGGCGACGUCGGACAUUUUUAAACCGACUUUUUAUUGCAGAUUAUUCCUUUAAUACGUCUCCUCAGACAAACUUCGGAUAAACACGUAAAAGUCAUUUUAGAAGAUGUUUUACUGCGCCUAGCGCCCCCUACUGACCAGCCGCCCCGGUCCAGACACCCGUUAAAUACAGAGACUUGAUCCAGGACGGACUAAACGAAACCAGAUCCAGGUCUGAGAUUCACGACGACGGACGAGAUUUUUCCAGGACAGUCUCAGUUUGUCCACAGGGGGCGCCAAAAUACAAACAUGAAGUGAACGUCAGGAGCGUCACGUUAAAAUUCAGCGAAGUUCAGUGCCGAUCAUUCUGAGUUGAUCGGAUUUGAUGAAAUCAGCUGUUCUGUGUUUAUCUGAUCAGCUGCUGCAGGUGAGAGAGAGUUCACCUGAGCCGCUCUGAUCACAUGACUCUCUAACUCACAGGAUUAACGUGACGCCAGAUCUGAAACAACACAGCCAAUCAGGCGCUAAUGGACCAACGGACGCCAGAUCUAAAUCCCUGAUCUGCUCGUAAUGAAACAUUUAUGAGACACUCUCUCCCUCACCCCUCUCUCUCUCUCCCUCUCUCUUCCUCAGCCCUCUCUCUCUCUCUCUCCUCCCUCUCUCUUUUCCUCACUUCAUUAAAGAGGAGAGGAGGAGUAGCGCUCUCGUUUCUCUCUCUUUUCAGGAUGUUGUGCUCGCUUGUCCCCAAAAACGAGAGUCCGUCACUCGGCUCGCUGUCACCCUCCUCCUCCCUCCUCCUCUCUCUCUCCUCCUCCUCCCUCCUCCCCCCUCCUCUCCCAGAUUUAAAGUUAUUUUAGCGCCUCACUUUUAUUCGGACGAGGGAAGAACUAAAAUAACUUUCGUAGAUGCAGCCAUCGUGUUUCCGCCUCGCACAGACACAAAAUAAAACAUCCGGCUUCUUUUCAAAAUAAAACAUCCGGCUUCUUUUCAAAAUAAAACAUCCGGCUUCUUUUCAAAAUAAAACAUCCGGCUUCUUUUCAAAAUAAAACAUCCGGCUUCUUUUCAAAAUAAAACACUCCGUGUUUCAGGAGGAUCGUAUUUCACACCAUGCAAACGGGCGGAGACGAACAAGUGAAAGGUUUUUAGACGUCAUUUCACCCCGAUGACACCAUGGAUGAGGAGAUGCUGAUUCUAGAAGUCUAGAAGUAGAUUUCCUCCUCUGGAAGGACACAAUCUACUGCUUAUAUGUCUAUGUGUCUGUCUUUAGAGAGACAACUCGUUAUCGUGAGAUUGAACGUGAAUCUGCGGGUUCUCGUGAUCACCGCUGUCUGUAAUCCACCAUGAAAUCCGCCGCACAAACGGCUCCGAUAAAAAUCGACGGACAGAGAAAGUCGGGGGUUCGACUCGUCAUGUCUCAGAAAAAAGGAGGAAAUGUCACGUUUGGUUUGAGCUCAGUGAAACGCCUCUUUUUCUUCCUCUUUCACUGACUCCUCUUCAUCAGCCUCUCUCUGCAUACCAAACUGUCGGAGCGCGGCGGCGGCGGCGGCGGCGGCGGCGGCGGCCUCGUCUCUGUAAACCUUGACGAGAAGUUCGAUCAAUGAGCAGAAACCUCGGCCGCGGCUCCGUCCAGCUCAAUACUGUUUAUGUCUGCCGGUCGAUAACUGGUAACCUUGGACGUGGGCGCUGCGCUCGCCUUCAUGGUGUAAAAACACGCCCUUCAAAAUAAAAGCCUCAGUGUGAGAAAAACAGAGUGUUGUCGGCGUACGAGGAGAUCCUGCAGAGAGAGGAGCAGCUCCAUGUUCACAGUGAGACUCAGCGCCAGAUCUUUGCUCCAUGACACCCCAGUAACAAGUCACACCCCCCACCCACCCCAGUAUCCGUCCCAUUCAACAGGAGCAGGCGCCGCCACCGCCGCUCGCCACCAGCACUCCUCGCCCUCUGCCAGUGUUAAGCCCUUUUAAUGACUGGAUUUCCUCCGUUCUGCCAAGUUCUCGUGUAAUUACUCGAUGGUCGGCCCGCCGCCGUGCCAGAGACAGGGUGUGUGUGUGUGUGUGUGUGUGUGUGUGUGUGUGUGUGUGUGUGUGUGUGUGUGUGGCAGUGAAUAUCUGGCGUCGGCUGAGGCAGAAAUCGCCACAGAGGAAGAUUCCAGAGUUUAGACGGUUUGAACUCGAGUUUCACUGAGUGAAGAAAAACGGAGAGUUUCAGUGAGCGAACACACACACACACACACACACACACGCACGCACGCACGCACACACACACGCACGCACACACACGCACACACACACUUACAUAUCUGUGUGUGUGCGUUUAAUCUCACUCUUCUCUCUAAAUUCAUUUUCGCUCGUCUUUCAUCUUUUCGUUUCUCAAAAUAGACAAUAAAGGGUCUAAAAACAAGAUAAAUGAUCUGUCCAUGCAGCAAGAUCAUUUCACUGAACAAGAUUUCUUGAAUGAAGAUUGUUCAGUCUAGAAAUAAUCAUGUCUACAAAUGUAUUUGGAAGAUUAAAGUCAGACAAACAUGCUGGUUUAAGAUCAGAUGAUUAAACUUUUACAACCCUAAAAUCAGUGAAAUAAACAUAAAAUAAAUAUAAAAUAAAUAUAAAAUAAAUAUAAAAUAAACAUAAAAUAAACAUAAAAUAAACAUAAAAUAAGUCUAAGAUUCUAUAAAAAGUCUAAACUGCAGAUUUUCAGGUGAUUUUCUGAGACAAACAAAGAGAAGGUUGUUUGAUAAAUAUAAAAUAUUCUGGAUCUACGUUCGUUUGUUUGUUUCGGUAAAAAGGAGGUGUGCGUGUGUUUUUUUCUCCGUGGCGUUUUCAGGUCGGGCUCCUGUCAGCUGGAAAAGCGGAUGGCUGCCCUUUUUUUCGCGCAGAUAUCGGUGACCUUAAACCUCCACAUUAGCCGCCUUUUGUCUCAGCGCACAAAGAUCCAGGAGUCGAGAAGAAAGAAGAAAACCGAGGAGAUGUAUGGUAAUGUGGCGUCCGGCUGCGGCGAACAAAAACGAGGCCGAGAGUCGCAGAGAUACAUCAAUCAAUUAACAAUUACCCCCGCCGCUAAUCAGCUGUCCCCCGACCACGGCGCCUCCACCCUUUGUAAUCCCCGUGGCAGCAUCAAUUAAAUUCUUAAGGUUAGUCUAUUGAAUUUCCAGAUAGAGGGGGGAGGACGGGGGAGGGAGGGAGGACGGGGGAGGACGGGGGAGGACAAAGACUGGACCAAACCUUCACCUCCAUUCCUCUCGGAGGAGAGGUGAGGAGGAGGGAGGACGGGGGAGGAGGAGAGGUGAGGGGGGGAGGAGAGGAGAGGAGGAGAGGUGAGGAGGGGGGAGGAAAAAGAGUGGACCAAACCUUCACCUCCAUUCCUCUCAGCAAACAGGAGAGAAGGAGGAGAGGAGGAGAGGUGAGGAGGGGGAGGAGAGGUGAGGAGGAGGGAGGAGAGGUGAGGAGGAGAGGUGAGGAGACCCAGAAAGUGUUCUCCUCCUCCUCCUGUGUUCUCGCCCACAUGCAACAUUUUUGUUCUCAUUCAUGAAACGCUUAAAUCAGGGACAUUUUCGGGGACAGCUUUAGCCGGGGACAGAUCAUCCAAUUCAGGGACUGUCACCUUAGUUAAAAGCGCAUGUUGAACAGUGCUAUUUCAGGGUGAUAAUGGCAUCAAAGAUUAAUUUUCUGACAGCGUUCCCUCCGUGAUUUUGCAGCGGUGACGGUGUUUCUUUUGAGGUUUAUGACAGAUUUGAAUUCUUCAGACUUUCUCAUGAUCGUCUCCUGUUCCUCGUUUGUAAAGUCCGCGGUCCUUCACUCUCCAGCCUGCUCUGACGCUCCAGACUGAUCCAUGUUCGCGAUUGGUCAGAUGCGGCGGGCUCCGCCUUAUAUGUGUGCACGCGCUCAUAGCAGAGCUGGAUCCACUUAUGAGGUUGAUGACCAGCGUCGUAAAACCGCUUAGCGAGACCGCUGGCUACCGCGCUAAGUUGAGCGAGGUAGCUCCAAGGCGACCUCGCUAAGUUGAACCUGCUUCGUAGAACAGGCCCCAGGUUUAUAUAGAUCCGGUUCACAUAGAUCAUGAUCACAUAGAUCUGGUUCACAUAGAUCUGGUUCACAUAGAUCCAGUUUAUAUAGAUCAUGAUCUCAUAGAUCAGAGAAUCACACAGAUGGUUAAACCAUCUGUACGUUUAUAAAGAACAUAAAUACAGAUAUAAAGAGUAUAGAUAUCAACUGUACUGUACAUAGAUGUACAUUAAUAUACUCUAUAGAUGUGUAUGUAUGUGUAACCCUGAGUCUGACUGUAGGCCUAAACCAGGGGUGGGCAAACUUUUUGACUCGCGGGCCACAAUGGGUUCUAAAAUUUGACAGAGGGGCCGGGCCAGGAGCAUUUGGAUGGAGUGUUUGGGCCGGACAUACUAAAGCAUUACAUGUAGUGUGUGCAAACCUCAUAGCACAGUAAGAACACUACAACCCAAUUUAUUAACUGUCUUUCAAAUGUGAAAAAUAGCCCUUUUCAGUUAAUAAGUUUGUCUCAAGGAAUAUGCAAGAUAUGGCGUUUACAUACUAUUUUGCACGAUACUGGGAGGAGGAAAUGUAAAUAGAUUAAAAUAGCAUACGCACUGUGAUUUAUCAAGAUUGCGUCUGUUUUUAAUAAGUUUUAAUCGAAGGUGCAAAGUUAAAGAAAUCAACAUUUAUUGAAAAAUGGAAUCACUUUCAACAUUCAAAACAUAUUAUUACACAACGAAAUACUCAAGCUCAAUAAUAUAUACUUGUGUUAAACCCCGCAAAAUCAUGGAUGGAUUGUCCUGACCGCGCGCUCUACAAACUCGCCACGGACGCCCUCACCUUACAGUACACGUGUAUCGUUGCCAAGCACACAGACAUAGGCUAUAUUAAAUAUCCUACCUGCAGCUGAAAAUUGAAAUUGAAAUUAAGAGCGAUGUGCGGUGUGUUAAUUAAGCUACUGUACCGCUGCUGUGCGUAAAUGCGCAUUGCUCUUAAUUAAAAGACGCACUUCCAAAUUUUCCAUAUGCAUUUUUUCAUAACACAGCAGAAAAACUCACCAAUUUCAGUGGGAACAGUGUUGUUGGUCUCCCUUUUUUGCCAGUGCAUCAAAGUCUGGAGUUAGUUUUGUUGUGGCAAUUCUCAGGACAGAUCUGAGGUGUUGGUCAGUUAACUUGGAUCUGUGAUGGGCUUUGUUGAUUUUCAUGAUGCUAAACGUCUGCUCACACACGUAGGUCGAGCCAAACAACACCAGCAUCUUCUGUGCCGUCCUCCGGAGGUUUGGGAACGUGGUCUCGUUAAGUGAAGCGUAA